AUUUAUUCGACAGUUGCGCCGGGCCACGAAAAUUCGCGUGAAAAAGCAAAAGAAGACAAAUACUCGAAAAUAUGGCUAUGAGGAACUGUGAACGCUUAUUGGUAAAUAUUCUGAUAAUCCUUGAAAUCAUGCACAUUUCGAUCGCAAUGCCUUCGGAAUAUGAUUUGCGACAUCAGGACGCAGAAAAACUUUCCCAGCUCUAUCAAAAUCCCGGUUUCUUCGGCGGUGAUAUGCGAGGUGGAAUGAACAUUCCUGAAUCCCCAUCCGACGAGUUUCCUUUGAUGACGAUCAAAGAAACCGAUCGCUACAAAUAUUGGCCGCAUGGGAUCUUGUUCUACGAGUUUUCCUCUGAAAAU